CGACCAACGCGCUGCUUUUCUCCGACUCCUCGAAAACCACUCCUCCUUCGUUCUUUACCUCUUUUCUCUUUCUUUACCUUCUCUUGUUCUUUUAUUCUUUUUAAUAGCUCUAUCUUCUUCUUUUUCUCCUUCUUUUUCUCCUUCUUUUUCUUCUUCUCCUCGGAUCCCCCCAGAUCUCUCAUCGAGUUCCUCUCCCAUCCUCAUCUCAUCCUCCCCUACUCAUGGAGGUCCCCGCCCCCGUCUCCACCGCCUGUCUGGCCUGCCGUUCCCGCCAUCUCAAAUGCGACGCCGGCGUGCCAGUCUGCCAGCGCUGCAAGUCUGCCCAGCGCGAGUGCGUCUACGUCAAGUCCCGCCGCGGCUGGAAAUCCUCCCCCUCCUCCUCCUCCUCCUCCACCGCGUCCUCAUCACUCUCCUCCUCCACCGUGUCCUCCGUCGACGGCGUCGGUCUCCCCAAGCGCAGACUAGUCGACGUCGACAUCUCCGCUGCCGAUCUCACUGCCGGCGCAUCUACCGGCCUGCGGCCAAUCGACAGCGCAGCCGUCUCCGCGCCGCCGUCACUCAUCGACCUCUACUUUUACUACUUCCACAACGCCCACCCCGUCGUCGUCCCGCGCUCGUUCUACAGCACGCUCAUCUCCGGCGUCUUUGACUCUGACACAAACGCCAUCGUCUCCGACCUGCUCGCCCCCGUCGUGCACUUCACCGGCUCGUUCUACUCCGAAAACGCAGACAGCAAGCUCUACCAGAACGCGAUCGACCGGCUCGUCUUUGGCGACAUCUCCCCCUCGACCGAUCACACGCAGACCUACUCCUUCAUCCUCACGCCCUCCCCGUUCGCAGUCCAGGCCCUGCUGAUCUACAUGAUUGUCCUCCACAGCAGCAACGAGCAGACGAAAUCGCUCGCGGUCAGAAACUACGUCGUCGACAUGGCGCUCUACCUCGGCAUGCAGAACGUGUCGUUUAUCGACAGCUUCAUCGCCUCCUCGUGCCGGUCGCAGGACCCGAUUUUUCGCUCGGUGCUUAGAGAGUCUCUUGUUCGGACGUUCUGGAUGCUGUACGUCAUGGACGCUUGGCUUACUUCUAUUCACUGCGAGCGGGAGUUCAAGCUGGCCACAAUUCCGAGAAAGGACUAUCCAUUGCCAUGCGAGCAAGACGAGUACGACAAUGGGCUCAUACCGCCAUCACCCACCCGGCAAGACUUUGUCAACCGCAUAUUCGCAGAAGACACGCGCGACUUUUCCUCCUUUGCCUACCUCAUCGACGCCGUGCACACCAGCGGCGUCUGCAUCUUCCAAGCCUACCGCACGCGAUCGGACGAGCGCGCAGUGCAGAUGGUCGACACCUCGAUCUCGACCUGGCUUCUCCAUCUGCCCGAGUCAAAGAAGAAGAUGCUGCUCGUGCGGCCGACGGCCGCGGCGCAUUUCUUUGAUCCCUCCGGCCGCGGCGGGCGCGAGGUCGACGAGCUCAUGCUGAUGGCGAGCACGAUUAUCCACAACAUGCUGAUCUUGAUGCACAAGCGGCUGUCGCAUUUCGCUCUGGUGCCGAACGCGUACGAGGAAAUCGAUAAUACCUGCUUCACGCCCCGGUCGCUGCUGAUCUCGUUCCGCGCACGCGCGCUCUCGUACCGGCACAGCGAGGGAUACAAAUCCCGCACGCCGUCGACGGUCGAGGAGUUAAACUACCUCGUCGGCUCGUUCGGCGGGAACGCAGACUCCUCCGCGACAGACGCGCACACCGCGAAAUGCCUUGCGUCCGCGGACGCGCUCGCGAACCUAAUCUCCUACGCAGCCGACUCGAUCACGCGGCGCUCGCCGUUCUUCACCUGCGGCAUCUUACUCUCUGCGAUCGUGCACCUGUCCGCGUGCGUCUGGGACCUGUUUCCAAAGUACGGGGACGCGCGGGCGGAGGAGCAGGACCGCGAGCUCGCGAAGGAGAGGGUGAAGUUGGCGGUGGGCAGUCUGCGCGCGCUGAGCGGGGUUUGGGAUACGGCGUCGGUGAAUCUCGGGCAGAUCAAGGAGGCGGCGCGGAUUGUUUUCCAGCAGCGCGAGGCGGCGGCGACGUAUCUUUCGCAGCUGAAGAAUGCAGACUCAGUCAUGUCUUUCCAGCAGCAGCAACCACAGCAGCAGCGGGAUCAGCUGUAUCAACAGCAGCUCCUCCAGCAACAGCAGAAUGUACCCGCCCCAACGAUCGACGCAAGCCUGAUGCCGUCCACGAACAACAACAACAACAACAACUACAUCUGGUCCGAGACCGAGAGCACGGCCAGCAGCGUGAUGGACAGUUACAGCACGGGAGGAAGUAUCGGCGGUUUCAGCCCCUACGACCCGCUCUCGACCAGCACGCUCAAUUUCGUGUCGCCCACGGCCGUGUCGCCUUCUGACUCGCGGGUGCCGGCGAGGAUAAGUAAUCCCAUGCCGUCCUAUCCCCCGAGCACCACCCCUCCCCAAGUCCAACAAACCCCAUCGCAGCCGCAACCACAACAACAACAACAGCAGCAGCAGCAGCAGUCAACGCAACAACUCCCAGUAAACCACCAACAACUACCCUACCUAACCGCAGAAGACAAGAUCGCGCUGGCGGAAAUCAAAGAGCUCCCGGUGUCGUACGUGGACGAGACUGAGUUCUACCAGCUGUUUGAUGACGAGACGCUCGUGUAUCAGUUCAUGACCGGGCAGUCUAGCGCGUACUUUUAAUUUCUGCUUCUCUUUUGCUUUUUGGAUAGAGUGAUUGCUGUGGGAAUGUAGAGACUGUGGAUAUUUAUCCCGCGUGUUUUCGGUGGAUACACAGCUUUGUAUUUUAAACUGCUCCUGCUAUUUGUCAUAUUUGUCAUGUUGUUAUGUAUUGUGUAAGUUCAGGUGUAUAAGGGCGUAC